AUGGCCCAACAAGCCGCUCAGAUCGACCAGAUGUCAGCGCAAGCCCUUGCGAGGAAAACGAAAAAGAUUCCCAAUGAUGUCAGUUCUACAAAUCUUCAGGACCUCUGUGAUUCUUCGCGAAACCAGCUCUACUCUGAGAUGAGAAACAUUUGGCAGAAUGAAAUUCAGUCAUCGCGCUUCAAGAACUGGUCAAACCGUUCACUCGCGCUUUUAACUGUUAUCACGAAGGAUAUCAAGGAGAUGCAGAUCGAGAUAGAGAAGCGCGCUCGAUGCUUAUCCACUCUGGAUCUCAUCAAGUUCUACAUCGUCGCCCUGUGUGGUGUGAUACCCUCCCAAGGCAAAAUGCAGGGCAUACUGCUCCUCGAAAUUUUCUCCGAGCAGAUUCAGACCUUCGCGGCCGCCACAAAGACAGUAGUGCUCGUGGGUGCAGACUGCCCCCCUGGACUCUCAGAGCCGAGGUGCAAAUACGAGUCAGCUGAUGAGGCUGCAAUGCGCCUGGGAUCUAUAUGGACGCAACACAACAACCUUUCCAAGAUGGAAUUUGGGUGGAAUAUCGUGCAAUCCCAUGUCUGCAGUAAUCUGGCACGCGAAUGGUAA